CUUUUGUUUCCGCCUCCAGCUGCAUGUGUUGCAAGGCAUGGUGCGGUCCAAACCAAAGCGGACGCAUGCAAGACUGACUUGCCAGACGUGUAAGGAACGCAAAAGGCGAUGCGAGCUACCAGACACACACUUCGCCGAGGCAGAGGCUGACAGAACACAGGCACUGCCGCCGAGCAAGGCCUGUCAUCGCUGUCGCACGCUCCAAAUCGACUGCUUUCUCCGGUCCAACUCCGGACAUGGAAGCUAUACACCACCAAUCACGAGUAGGAGAGUGCCGGAUUCCUUGACCAUCUCUUCUCUGCUCGGCGCACAGUCAUAUUCAAACGAUGUGCGAUCAGGUGCAUCAGACGCCAGUGCAGAUGAGCAGAGGCGACCAAGUGCGCAAAGGAUCUCUGCUGCCAACCCAGAGCCGAUAUCUGGCACGUUUGUGGGUGCAGAUAGUCGGUCACGAAGUAGGGAAGGGCCAGUGAGAGACACCCCUCAGGUUGAUGAAACCAACGGGCAGGAGCGCGACUCCAGCGAUGCCAUGGUCAUACUCUUGCGGAACACAAGCGCAACGGCAUCGUCCCUCUCUCACGAUCUGAUGGGUCACCCUUACGCGACGCUGAACUGGUUGGUCCACGCACGGCAAUUUACGGUCACUUCUGGUGUCGCCGUCGUUCCCAGAGAGCGUGGGGAUCUCGAAAACAUCCUCGAAGUAAUUGACGAAGGACUAGUGAAGCGUCUCAAGACACGAUUGGAGCAAGUGGCCAUGAUUCAUGAUAGCAUCCCUCGGCCUGCAAGGAUCCGGCAGCUAUACAUCGCCAACCCGACCGCCUCCUCUCGCCUGCUACUGUCGCUACUUUGUUUCGCAGCCCUCCUGCAGCGUUCGCCAAAGCUACCGCUAGACGAGGAACUUAUGGAGCUCAAGCGACAGGCCUUGUGCUCCCUCAUCACAGCAGACAUACCGACUGUUAUGGCGACUGCUCGAAUGGAAGCGACGACGAUUCACGCGCUUACCCUGCUCGGCACGGUCGAUCCGCUUGGUCUGUUGCAAGACACAACCCAAGUUCUCCAUACGGCACGGGCCAAUGGGUCUGCAACUACCAAUGUCUCGGGGGUAACAGAAGCGAGUGGGCGGAUUGACUCCCUACCGACGGACCCGCCUCGUGCACAUACCAUGCUGGCGUCGAUGCUGCUGCAACGUUUGCCGAAAGCGAAUCUGGGAGGCCCAGAGGGGAUCCCUUCGACCGAGUUCAUCGAUCUGGAGCUCAACGAACUCUUGCUCACCGUCGGCGAUCGCAUUGUCCAGCCUUGCGCUCUGGACCUUUCUGAUCUUGGUCUUCUUCCACUCAUCGAAGGCUAUCACAAUCCGUGGACGUACUUCUCCGAGAGUCGAGAAGAAGACCUACGUAGACUUGGCGAAGUCUUGCUCAAGUAUCGUCUCGCGAUCCUACAGGUCUCCGUCCGCGCGGUCCAAUCAUUCGGUGUCCACGUCGAGAGAUGCUGUGAACAUAUGCGGACAGAUCGACAAGCCGAAGCGGACUGGCCGGUAAGAAUGAAGGAAGAUCUGGACCAGGCGAGCAACAUGAUGGAAGAUUUGCAGAACGCCUGCGAGCUGAGCAUGACAUCGCCUAUGGCCGCCGAGAUCCGCGAAAGCCAAGAGAUGUUCAAGCUGUGCAAAAUGGAGCAGAACAACCUCCGGGGCUGCCUAUUCGUCUUCUUUUUUCGUGCUGCGCUCUGGCCAUUUGUCGAGCCAAAUGGGCUUGCUCCGAGAGCAUCACCGUUUGCUACUUCUGCGAUGGUGAUGGAGCAAUGCGCCAUACGGAGCGACACAGCCGGCAACGGUGAUGAAGCAGCUCGCCGUGCCGCACACGAACACGGUCUCAAUCAGCAACGAGUGGUCAGCCUGAUCAUCGAGGUGGCAAGAAGGAAGGAGGUUCCAAGCGUGAUGACCGAGGAUGUAGCGUCACGUACUCGCGAAAUGGUCAGUCGCUUUGUAACAGUGCGAAUGGAGUGUGCCGAAACAACGCUGGCCACGUUUGCCGACGGUGUUCAGUCAGGUCACGAAAGCGCGCCCUUUCUUGGAUGGGCGCCACAGCCAUUGCUCUGCACUCUCUUGGUGGAUGCAGCCAAGGUUCUAAUGGAGGCACAGGUGACCACUUGUGCACACAUAGGCCAGGAAGUCGGUCGGUCGUCUGUAUGGAGCUUUCUCAUGCGUCGAGCAGCAGGUGCCCUCGACUCUUACGCAACCUCGCUGCCUAGGAGAUCGUCAAGGGAAAGCACAACCGACAAAUCAAGACUCCUAGGAUCUCUGCCGUCGAUUUCCAGUGCAGCAAUCCGUGAUAUGGACGCCGUCGCUUUGCGAGCUCAGAAUGCUGUAAGGCAGAAAAGACUGCUCUCAAGGAAGUCCUACGAUGGUCUCACACCCUCAACAACAUCAUCGACGAGCGACAGUCGACCACCUGAAGACCUUGCACCAGGGGCCGCGCCGGACUUUAGGGCCAGUCGUGAAACUUGGCAGCCAGCGGUCCCUGACUCUGCAGCCUCUUCAGCCAGCAGCAGGCAGGAUAUCUGGCCACGAUACGGACCAGAAAGCACUGAGAAUAGUCUUCGUGCCUCUGCUGCCGCUUUUGGCUUUCCGGAGCCAAAGGGCGGCACGAUGCACGGUGAUAACCUUGCGCAAAGCUGGGCUCAAGAUCCAUUUGGUCAACUCUUUGCCGCUUGGAAUGAUGUCCCGUGGGAUCAAGCUCUCGGUUAAGGAAAACGAUCAAGGGGAGGAAAGAUGCGGUAGCGAUUGCUUACCUCUUUCGUGAAACGCAAACCAUUGUCUAUUUGUACUAGUAAAUGUAGGGCAACCGAGCCACCAAGCGCUUCGAAUGCACACCAUCACAAAG